AUGCGGUCGACCGUCUGCGGUGCGGGCACGGAGCGCGACCCCACUGGCCAGUUUAUCCCCGUCUGCCCCGCCUGUCGUUCUUGGUGGUCCGAGAAGCGGCCAGAACUGGAGGAGAGUGGCGGCGAGGCCAUUGCCGAGGGCGACGUGCACCGCAUCGAGCACAUGACGAACGAUGUGCUCGACUGCAGCAGGGUGUGCCGCGGAUACGGCUUUACCAACCCCGACCUGGACCCACUGUGCCACGCAUGUUUCGUCGACACUUUCAAGGACACCGAGUACGUUGUGAGCGCCAUCUUCGACACGGCCAUUGGCAUGUCCCACUCUCUCGACACCUAG